AUGCUAUCACUUCUUUGCCGUUCCCUCCUGCUCAUCCUUGCUCAACAGUGCUUCAGCAGGGCUCAGAACAAUGCGCAGCUGGCUCGUAGAGAUGGCCGGGGCGUGGCCGAGAGGCGGCAGUUCUGCCAGUGGCCCUGCAAGUGUCGGGAAAGACUUCCUUGUGCCCCGGGGGUGAGCUCCGUCCUGGACGGGUGUGGCUGCUGCAAGAGCUGCGCCAGACAGAUCGGAGAGCCGUGCAACGAGAGGGACAUCUGUGACCCACACAAGGGCAUGUACUGCGACUUCUCAGCUGACCAGCCAAGAUAUGAGGUCGGAGUGUGCGCAUACCUGAUGGCCGUGGGCUGUGACCUGAACGGGGCCCACUAUGAGAAUGGAGAAGCGUUCCAGCCCAGCCCCCUCUAUAAGUGCACAUGUAUAGCUGGAGCCAUCGGCUGCACCCCUGCUUUCAUCCAGAAGCCCGCUGCACUCUUAGGCCCUGCCCCGCUGAUGGGCAGCAUGCCAGCCGGCCUUCGCAGUGGCCAGAGCCCAAAGAAGCACCAGCAGGACACGACUUACAUGUCAGCUUACAGGGAUCCUCCUUUAGCCUGGAAGAAGAACUGUCUGAUCCAGACCACCCCUUGGAGCCCCUGCUCCAAAAGCUGCGGCCUGGGCAUCUCUGUGCGCGUCAACAACGACAACAGCAAAUGUGAGAUGAGGAAGGACCGACGCCUGUGUCUGCUGCGACCGUGCGAGAAGAACGUGAUGAAGAGUGUCAAGGUGCCAAAGGGAAAGACUUGCCGGCCUAAAUUCCAAGCAAAAAAAGCGGAGAAGCUGUCACUCUCUGGCUGUACCAGUACCAAGAAGUUUAAGCCCACGUACUGCGGCGUCUGUACAGACAAACGCUGCUGCGUCCCCAACAAGUCGCGCAUGAUCAAGGUCAACUUCACGUGCAAGGGAGGCUCCAACACACAGUGGAAGAUGCAGUGGAUAACGUCCUGCGUGUGCCAGAGGAAGUGCAAUGAUCCAGGUGACAUGUUUUCCGACCUGCGGUUACUCUAGCGGAUCCAUCCAAGAAGUCCAGAGACAGACCCAGGAGACGAGCCCUGCUGUGGCAGAACAAGGACUGAAACACACACACUCUUUGGUUUUUAAGUUCUCCUGAGCAGCAGUGAUGUAUGUGCCUCAAGAAAUCGCAAAAAAGACUAAAACUCAAAUUGAAACGACAAAACCUCAUUUUAUAACAAGGAAUGGCUGGGAUCAUUGAAUAAAUGAAGGAUUAUGUUGUUAGAUAUGAAAGCUUUUAUGAACCCUGUCUUCAGGACAUGUGCAAUAUCAUCAAGUAAUAUGGCCAGUGUAGCAGUCGCAACAGCAGAUGUUGACUUAUUAACAAUACCUCAUAAGACUACAGUCAGGGAGCCUUGAAACGGCAAAUCAGGUCAUACUACAGAUUGAGUUGUACUGUUCCAUUCUUAUCACAUGUUGUUCCUGCUUAUUUUUUUUCUAAUCAGGUCAUAAAUUAGACAAUAUUGGUAUAUAAUGUAUAAAGGUAUAU